AUGUCAUAUAACAAUGAUGGUUAUUAUCAACCACCUUACUCGUCAGCAUCUUCAAUGCCAACACCAACUCGUACUCCACCACCGAUAGCCGGUGCACCAACAAAUCCUUCAACAGCUAUAUUUAAUGCUAUAUUACAGGACAAUGUAGGAUUAAUUAGAUCAAUUUUGAAUCAAACAAAUUAUGAUCUUAAUAAUCUUAGGAACAGAGAUGGAAAAACUCCUCUUAUGGUGGCUGCCUGUGAAAAUUGUUCGCUUGUUACUAUGUUUCUAUGUAAUCUAAACAAUUUAAAAAUUGAUUUGCAAAACAAUGAUGGUGAUUCUGCAUUGCACCAAGCUUCUGCUGCGGGAAAUGUUGAAAUCGUUGAAAUAUUGAUUAAUGCAAACGCGCGUGUCGAUUUGUGUAAUAAUGAAAACAUCACUCCGCUUAUUAUCGCCGCUUAUAAUGGUCACGCUGACGUUUGUCAAACCCUUAUUGAUCUCGGUAAUGCAAAUGUAAAUUUCCAAGAUAAUUCACGUAAAUCAGCCUUAUCCUUGGCAGCUUAUGAAGGACACGUGGAAGUUAUCAAAAUUUUAUUGUCUCGAGGGGCCAAUGCCAAUAUUAUAGAUGAGUAUGGUUGGACACCUUUAAUGCUUGCGGCGUUUUCAGGUCAUUCAAAUGUGUGUCAUUUAUUGUUGGAAAAUAAUGCUAACAAGCAUAUUACUGCAAAAAAUGGUAAAACUUCUGUUGCUCUUGCACGAGAAGCUGGUCAUAAUCGUACUGCGGAUUUUAUAGAAAAUUAUGUUCCUGGUGUCCCUCCAUCUCUACCAAAUAGAAUCCAAGCUCCUCCAUCAAAUAUUAUUCCAAAGGGUCCAUCUGAUCCGGUACCAUAUUCUGCUCCGUAUGCAAAGAGUGAUUACUUCCAUAUUCCAAUACCAAGUGUGGAAGAUCCUUAUUCAUCACCAAGGGGAUUUAUGAUGCCACUUGAACGCAGAGAUACUAGAAGAUCACUUCAUCCUAAAAAUUCUAGUCGUCACAAAGCCCUAUAUGUUAAUGUAGACGUAAAUUCUACUGGAAAUAAAGUGCCGCAUAUCACCACAGCACCUCAUGUAAGAAAAGACAUGGCUCCUAGAGAUAAGGAAACUUUAUGGGUUUAUUUCUCUUGGGUUGUCACUGCAUGUUGUAUAGGCCCUGUUUUGUCAGCAUGUUGCCGAAUGAAAGAUCCUAAUACUCGUCAGGCAUGGCGUGAAAAAGUAGCAUUGUGUUUCAUUAUUUUAUGUAUCUCCUUAUUUAUGGGAUUUUUGACAUUCGGAUUUUCACAAUUUGCAUGUCAAAUACAACGUCCUCUCUAUCCACAAGACAUCCUUAGACUUUACGGCCCUGAUGCGCCAGGCAUGAAAGUACACAUUGUCCGUGGUCGACUUUACAAUACUGGCGUUUACUUCUCUAGUGGUAGUCAUCGUCCAAUCUUUCCUUUUAAUGAUUCGGAUUUAUUUCCACUUGUCUCGGACAGGUUUGGAAAAGAUAUUUCGGACUACUUUCCACCAGAUAAUCACGCUUUCCACGGAUGCAAUACUUCACCAGUAAAUAAUGGUAGCAUUUGUGAUUUAGCUAUUAGAACUGGUGACAAUAGAUAUCAUUGUCACACCUCCCCCGCUUCAAAUGAAGCAUUAAAAGAUUUAGAUUUGAACCUUUUUGUUGGGUACACGUGGGAUAAUAUCAGUAAUACCAAAAAUAACUUGUUCGUAUUUAAAGAGAAUGUCUAUGAUUUGAGUGCAUAUUUAAAUUUACAAUCAGACAAUCAAUGGCUUGGUAGUAGUGAUGUGACCACUUGGCUCUCAGGUCUCGUGGGCCGUGAUGCUACAAUGGAUAUAAUUCGUACCCAAAAAACAAAAGAUAUUGCUAAAUGCUUUGAUCAUUUUUUAGUGGGUAAAAUUGAUG